GGAAAGUCGGCAGCCGUGGCAGAGCUUUUGGUUUUCGGUUAUGCCUGCAAACUCUUCCGGGAUGAUGAGAAAGCCUUAUACCACGAGCAGGGGAGACACCUUAUCCCGUGGAUGGGAGAUUCCCAGAUCAUGAUUGAUAGCCACUUGGCUAAGGGUCGAACCUAGCCAUGAUUUUACCACCAGGAGAUCUACGUUUCUGUGUCGAAGAUCUCUGAGAGAUGCGGACCAGCAGAAAGAAGCCAGAAAAUAUCGAGCGUUUGAGUCUUGUGGAUAGGUAUGAUGGACGGGGUCACUUGCAUGACCUGUCCGAAUAUGACGCAGAGCACAAUUCCUGGAACAGAAACUAUAAUCUGUCAGAAGAGGAGGCUCGUAUAGAGGCACUUUGUGAUGAAGAGAGGUAUUUAGCGUUGCAUACGGACUUGCUGGAAGAGGAAGCAAGGCAAGAGGAAGAGUAUAAGCGGUUAAGUGAAGCUUUGGCCGAAGAUGGUACCUACAACUCUGUGGGCUUUCAGUAUAGUGAAUAUUAUGAUCCUUCGCAGCCCACAGAAGAGGAGGAACCACAAAAGGAUAAAGAUGACAAAGAAUUAAGUGAUAAUGAAGAUAAUGAGGAACCAUUCAUUGCACCAGAAGGACUGAAUGUCCCAUCAGAUGUUGAGCUGCCACCAACAGCAAAAAUGCAUGCUAUUAUAGAGCGGACAGCAAACUUUGUGUGCAAGCAAGGAGUUCAGUUCGAAAUCAUGCUUAAAGCCAAGCAAGCCCGGAACUCACAAUUUGACUUCUUGCGAUUUGACCACUAUCUUAACCCUUAUUACAAGCACAUACAGAAAGCUAUGAAGGAGGGACGGUACAUUCCACAAACAGGAAAAACAAAUGAAGAGAAAAAAAAAGAAAAAGAUGAUGAGGACGACGACGACGAUGAUGAUGAUGAGGGAGGUGAUUACCUUCAUCCAAGCCUUUUUGCUUCCAAACGCUGCAGUAGACUUGAAGAGCUCACAAAGCCGUUGAAAGUGAUUGAUCCAGACCACCCACUUGCAGCUCUUGUAAGAAAAGCUCGGAAUGAGAAAAUGGCUUUACAGCAGGCGACUGACAAUAUUGGACCCCCUCUCACUGCCCAGACUGAAAGCACAACAGAGGCAGCUGUAUCAUCUACAUUUUACAAUUACUACAUGUUGCCGGAUGGAACAUACUGUCUUGCACCGCAAACUCCAGGAAUGGAGGUUAAUAAUUGCUACAGUUCAGUUACAGCAGGUGGGGCUGCACAAAUGGCAACAGGACCCAUAGUUACUCCACAGUCCAGCAAUACUCCUCCACCUUCUGAAGUCAGCUGUGGCACUAACACUAAAGACGCUGCAGAUUCUUAUUCAGCAAGUGCACUUACUCCUGUGGUUGCCAUCAUUCCUCCACCACCUGAUAUUCAGCCAGUUAUUGACAAGCUUGCCCAGUAUGUUGCUCGGAAUGGAAUUAAGUUUGAAACAAGUGUUCGAGCAAAGAAUGAUCCAAGGUUUGAUUUCCUGCAGCCCUGGCAUCAAUAUAACCCAUAUUAUGAAUUUAAGAAACACUUUUUCAUGCAGAGAGAAGGUGUCCAGCCUACGUCUGAGCUUGAUACAAAUGAAAGUCAUGCCGAAGUAAAUAGUGAAUCACUUUUAUGCAGUAAUCCUGUAGUGAAUGAUGGAUACGGCACAAGUUCUAAUGGUGAUUCAGCUGGCAGUAUACCUGUCAGUGAUGGGAAGCUCAUGAAAGUCUCGUUUGCACCAAUAAGUUUUGCAAUAAAGGUAAAGGAAACUGACUUGCUGCCGUUUGAGAAAAACAGAGUUAAAUUAGAUGAUGACAGCGAAGAGGAAGAAGAAAAAGAUGGCCUCCAAAGCAAGGCAGGUGCUUCAUCAAGCAGCAGCCAAACCCUCAGUACUGGGCUAUCCAUGGCAGAAGAAAAGAGACCCCAGCUAACUCCAGAGGAGCUUGAAGCAAAACAAGCAAAGCAAAAGCUAGAAGACAGAUUGGCAGCAGCAGCGAGAGAAAAACUGGCACAAGCAGCAAAAGAAUCAAAAGAAAAGCAACUACAGGCUGAACGUAAAAGGAAAGCUGCCUUAUUCUUACAAACAUUAAAGAAUCCAUUUGAAGCAGAAUUGGGAAGAAUAGAGGGAAGCCCUUCCAGUCCAGAGGUUGUUAACAGCAUGACCUGUGAUCUGUUACCAGAAGACAGAAUAAUACCAACAACUGAGUAUCCUGUCACUGAAAGGUCACUGUACAGAGAAUUUCCCCGGGAAGAGAGAGAAAAAAAGAAGAAACGUAAAAAACACUCCAGGUCAAGAUCUCGCUCUCCAAAACACCAUUAUGAAUCAAAGUCCAAGUCACGACCACAUGGAAAAGUAAAACAUUCCCUUCCCACUGCUUACAGAACAGUUAGACGGUCUAGAUCAAGGUCAAGAUCCCCACGAAAACCUUCUCAGUCAGGGGAAAAGAGGAGAGAAGAAGAGAAAGACAGAGGAGUUCCAAGUGUUUACCGUUUUGGCCACAGCCCAGGCAACAGCAGAAAACGUACACGGUCACGCAGCCCGUCUGAUAAUAGAAAGAAAAGGCAUUCAAGAUCCAAAGCGAGGUCUCGAUCCACCUCCCCCAACAUGCAAGGAUCAAACGUUCGUUCUGUGCAUUCGACUAGUAUCUCUCCCAUGGAGAGCAGGGGUUCCAGCCAAGAGCACUACAGGGGUGGAUCUCAGGAUGGUCGCAUAGAGUCAGAAAUAGUUUCUUCAGUGCAGAGCAAAAUAACUCAGGAUCUCAUGGCUAAAGUGAGGGCAAUGCUUGCCGCCUCCAAGAACAUGCGCAAAGACUCUUAAUGAGACCUGUUCACAUGUGAGUUACCACCAGAAGUCUGUGUCAAAACUGGAAGACAGCUGUCCGCCAGGAUGGAUGGAAUCGUCAGACUGCCUCCUUUUUAUACACUGUUCACAGUAAUAGUUCGAUUUCCUUAGGGAAUAACUAAUCUGGUCAAUUUUUCAUUGACUUUUUACAGUUCCUGUAAACAUUGACCAGCAGUUUUCACUGUAUAUUUGUAUAUAUUCAAUUUCUGUUUCACUGUGUUCCAAAUAAAA